AUGGAGACGGAGGAGACCGCGGUUGUCAAGGUGACAGGAGCUGAAUCAGCGGAGAAGGAUGAUGAUGAUGAAGACGUCGUGGUGAAUAGACCGCUUGAAGUGGUGAAGUGCCAGUGCUGCGAGUUGAUAGAGGAGUGUACCAUUGCGUACAUUGCUCGUGUUAGGGAGAGGAAUGAAGGCUGGUGGAUCUGCGGGCUGUGUGGCGAGGCGGUGAAGGAGGAGAUCAAGAGAUCUGGCUGGAGGAUCAGCAAGGAGGAGGCUCUGGAGCGGCACGCGAGCUUCUGUGAGGAGUCCAGGUCACCGCCAGAGAAGCCGACGGAAGAGCUCAUCUCAGCGCUGAAGCAGCUGUUGAUGAAGAGCUGUUUCCCCAGCAUGGAUGCAUGA